AUGGUAACUAAAACAUCAUUAACAACGCCCUCAUGUUGCAAUUGUUUUGUUUUUCCUCUAAACACUCCAACAACUAAGAUAAAAAUGCUACAACUACGAAAACAGCAAAAAUCAUUACAAUUUCCAUGUUUUUCUCGUUUAAAAUUUUCCUCCACAUUAUUUUCUUUGUUACAAAUAAUUUUGUUUUGUGGGUGUUUACAAGCAGUUUCCUCUUAUUUUGGUUUGCCAUAAUUUUAAUACCCCAAAAAUCUCAUAUCUUCUUCAGUUCUGGCAAGGUACUCAACUCUACCUGUUCGACAACACUUA